AUGACCAGCACCACCGGCACUAAUCCUGCUCCUAGCCUGCACCAGAACGUUGUCCCUUCCGAAGUCGGAUGGCAGUUUGUGCCCCAAUACUAUACCUAUGUGAACCAGCAGCCCAAUCGACUGCAUCGGUUUUACACAAAAGCGUCGACCUUCAUCCAUGGUGUCGAGGGAGAAGAUGGCAAACCAUGUUACGGUCAACAGGAAAUUCACAACAAAAUCACGUCAAUAGGUUUCCAGGAUUGCAAGGUCUUCAUCCAUUCGGUUGAUGCUCAGUCGUCCGCCAGCGGGGGUAUCAUCAUUCAGGUCAUCGGCGAAAUGUCCAACCGCGGCGAAGACUGGCGUAAGUUCGUGCAGACCUUCUUCCUCGCCGAGCAGCCCAACGGCUACUUUGUCCUCAACGACAUCUUCCGCUUCCUCAAGGAAGAGACCGUCGAGUCCGACGCUGCCUCCGACGCCGGCGAGUCCACGCACCCCGCCGCCUCUGCGCCUGCCGUCCAGACCGCCCAGACGCAAAAUAUUCCGGAGCCCGCUCCCCCCGCCCAGCCGGAACAUCCGUCCCCACCCCCAGUGGAACGCGAGCCGUCUCCUGCGCCGGCGCCCGUCGCCGCGACGCCUGUUCCCGAGGAGGCGCCGAAGACUGUCAUCCCUGAGCCCGCACCCGCCACCCCCGCCCCCUCUGAGCCCGAACCGCACGUCAACGGCAACGGCACCGCUGCGCCUGAGCCCGAAGUUAAGCCCGAGCCUGUCGAAGCCCCGGCGCCGGUGGAGCCCGAGCCAGCACCGGCACCCGAGCCCACGACCGUGUCCCCGCCACCUGUCGCCCCCGCCUCGCUGCCUCCCGCACCUGCGCCUGCUGCUCAGCCCGCACAACCCACGCCCGCUCCGCAGCCCGCGCAGCCCCCGCAACCGAAGACGUGGGCGAACCUGGCGGCGAACAACGCAAAGAAGUGGGGCGCUGCUGUUGCUACUGACCGCACAGGGACGUCUGAGGUGCCGGCUUCGCCUGUGACGCCCAGGAGCACGAGCCAGACACCCGUUGCUGGACAGCAGCCUAGGGGUCCACCUGGUCAACAUCAACAGAGGGAUCCCCAGAGCGCCAUUGCUGCCGCGCAGAAUAUCACUCAUGCGCAAUGUUUCGUUAAGGGCGUAACCGAGAACGUCUCGCAAACGACCUUGACCAACGUCUUGACGCAACGAUUCGGCCCCGUCAAGGACGUCGAGAUCGUGCGGAGCAAGGCUUGUGCGUUCCUCGAGUUCACAAAUAUCGACGCGGCCAAGCGCGCCAUCAUCGCGUCAUUACCUGUGCCCCUCGGAGGUGAGGGUGGGAUCCGGAUUGAUGGUGAGGGCGGACAGCCGGCGAGGAUUGUGGUGGAGACGAAGAAGGAGAGGGGUGAGAGGCCGCCUAGCAAUAGGCCGAUGAACGGUCCUGGACGCGAGCUGCGCGGCGGGUACCGUGGACGCGGAGGCCCAGGUGGUGGCCGUGGACGUGGUGCUCCCCCGCAAGGGAAGUGA